GCGCGCGCGGCGCUCGAGCGUGCCGCGGCGGUCCCGGCCGCGCGGCGGGGUCCGUCCGUCCCUUCGGGCUCGCGUCCGGCCGUCCGUCCGUGCGGGGCGGGGCCGGGCGCGCCGCCAUGGGCGAGUGGGCGGGCCGCAGCCCGCUGGAGUGGCAGGCGUGGACGCACCGCGCCGUGCGCGUGCGGGCCGGCGAGCGCGAGUACCGGGGCUGGCUGCUGGCCACCGACCCGGUGUCCGCCAGCGUCGUCCUGGCCAGCUUCCUCGAGGACGGCCGCCUGUCGGUGACGGGCGUCAUGGGACACGCCAUCCGGGCCGUGGCCGCGGACCCGGAGCAGGAGGGGCAGGACGCCGGGGUGCGGGAGAGGCUGGCGCCCCUGUUCGUGGCGGGAGCCCCCGAGGCCUGCAGCCCCGAGCUGCUGCGGCAGAGGAGGGACAGCCUGAGGAAGUGGCUGGAGGAGAACCACGUCCCCAUCGCCGAGCUCGGAGACGCGCCCCACGCGCUCUGCGUGGCGGGGGUGCUGACCAUCGAGCCGCCCUACGGCCCGGACAACUGCAGCAGCGCCAACGAGAUCGUCCUGUCCCGCGUGCAGGACCUGAUUCAGCGGCACCUCGCGGCUUCCUAGGGGAGCGGCCGGAGCCCUGCGCCGCCCGGCUCGGGCCUUGCCCCUGGGACUCUCGGCGCCCGAUCGGAUCAAGUCUUUGUUGUUGGGGUUCCACGUGGAAUAAAUUAGCACAGGCA